AUGGAAACCCUUUUAACUACUUCGAGCAGAAUCGCUCGAUCGAAUCUGAGCGAAACAGUACAAACUACUCCAUUUAGCCAAGACCCAACUUCAUCGCACACAAAUUCUCAUGGACCUGUAACUUUCCAAUUAUCUUCGAAUGGCGAUGCAUCCAUUGAACUUUGCGAUUAUAGUCAUCUUGUGAGCCACUAUGAAUUUGUGACUAUUAAUAACGAGUCGUCAUCAUCAUCAUUGUUGCGACGAAUCACCUCUCCUUCUCUCAACAACAGUGACAACGAAACUCGGCCACUCUCUCAUUCAACAACCUCUUCUUUUGCCUUGUCUGAGUUACUGAUUCAACUCGGUCAUGUUCUCUUUGAAAAUUGGGAAGACUAUUGUGGUGAUAAGGGAUUCGAGAGAUUAUGCGAGCAAUCGGUUGCGAAUCCACCUCUAUCAAACACCAGAAACACUCAAUUACGUGCAACAAUGACACAUCACCGUGUAAACCCUCUCCUUCAUGAGGAGUUUAAUAAUAAUAUUUACUCUAAUCAUCUUCACUCGCACAUGGAUUGCAAAUCUGAGAACUGUGCAUUGAAACGAUUCUUUAAAUUGUCUACUUGCCAACAAAUUCAUCUGGCCACCAACUUUAUUUGUAAUUUUGUGUGUUUUGGAGUGAAUGGUUCCAUUCAGGAACGAGUUCCCACAAAAUUAUUUGAAGGAAACAAUAAUGCCAACACCACAUUCAUGAUGGGCGAGCAAUCGCAUGAACAGUUGUUCCGACGAUUUAAUGGAGCCCAACACAGCGGCAUCAAUCGACUGUCAGUCGUUUCUGAACAUUAUUUCAAUUAUCCUGAAGAGAAAGACACGUGUGAUUCGCUCAUGGUUUGGUGUUUCCUGAGGGAAGUUUUGAGAGAUUUGGUAAGAAGAGAAAUUCAGGACGAAUUGACAUUGAAACGAGAAGAAUCAUCUUCGAUUAUUUCUCACUCGACCACUCGCACCACUCAGACAGAAGUUUCAACAACGUCGUCCAAUGUGGCUGUUAGUAUUCUUCAGAAUUCCAUUCUUCAUCAUUCGGCAAGACAGGAGGCAAGGUCAAGACAAAGACGUACUACAAGCGACGAAGAUACUCUCUUACAUCAGAAUGAGCACAACUCAAAUGAUGAUACAUCCUAUUAUUGGAGAGCCUUAAUUUAUGUGAUAUUAAGGAAAUUGAAAUUUGGAAAUCUUUCUAUUGAAUCCGAUGAUCUGAGUCAAGAUGAGUUAUUACAAGCUGCCUCAUCCACCGAUUUCAACAUUUGGAAUACCUUGAUGGAUAGUUUGUUUCAUUCAUUCCUUCAGAAAAGACGAGCAUUCGUGACAACUCGUGAACACGAAAUAUCACAUCGAAGAAGAGCUCACUCCAAUGGCCAGUUCACAAGUAGUGCUACUCCUUCCUCCAACAAUGACCAAAGUGGAAGUAGAAAUCUUCGAGUACUCGAAGGCACUCGUUCGCGAGCGGUCUCCUCAGAAACUUCCAACCACUCCCAACAACGAACACUCAACACACACUCUCAAGAGGUUAUUCUUGAAAAAUCUUCAGUGCAAAUCAAAAGACUUCGCUCUCACUUCAAUUCCUUCUUUACAGAACAGGUGAUUCAUCAUGACAUGUGUAAAUUGGCCUUUGUGUGUCAAAUCAGUGCACCUCUCUUCAUGAGACCUUACAAAAACUUGGGAGAGAAAUAUUUGAGAACACUCUUCUCAAAUUCAAGGGGAACAUUAAGGAGAGAAUUGUUGGCUCCAUUGGAAGCUUCGAAUCAACUCUCUUUUGUUACGGUUUGUUAUUGGCACUCCUUCAUGACAUUUGAAGGUUACGAUUCACCACUCGAACGUAUCAAGGCAUUCUUUCUGAUGUUGGAAAAGAAUAAUUUCCCUGUGAGAAGUCCUGGACCAAAAACGCCAAAACAACCUGCAGGGUUAAAAUCCAUGAUUCAAAAAUUAAAAACGCUCAUUUAA